AGCUGUAUGAGUUUUUUUUGUUAGCGAUAGUAAUAUAAUAUAACAGUGUAUUUUGAGCCCAAUUUUUCCAAAAAUAACUUUAAGUUCGUCACGUGUCGAUAGAUGUCGCUAGGCAUAUUUCCGAUUCGGCGCAAGACAGUUGUGCGACUUCCACAAGUCUGUUCUCCAUCUUUUUUAGUGCUGGGAAGGCAGGCUGAAGAAUGUCUCUGUUAUCUGCUCGUUUAGCUACUUCGGUAGCAAGAAAUUUGCCCAAAAAUGUAACCCAAGUUGCCGGAGUGGCAUUCCCAGCUGCAUCCGUGGCUAGCCGUAAAAUCCAUGUGUCCACACAAAACCGCGGUGCUGAAAUUUCAUCCAUCCUGGAAGAACGCAUCUUGGGUUCUGCCCCAAAAGCCGAUUUAGAUGAAACUGGUCGCGUAUUGAGCAUUGGAGACGGUAUUGCCCGUGUCUAUGGGUUGAAGAACAUCCAAGCUGAUGAGAUGGUGGAGUUCUCAUCUGGAUUGAAGGGUAUGGCUCUUAACUUGGAACCAGACAACGUCGGUGUCGUAGUAUUCGGUAACGACAAACUCAUUGGAGAAGGCGACAUCGUCAAGCGUACCGGUGCUAUCGUAGACGUACCAGUGGGUGACCAAAUCUUGGGACGUGUGGUAGACGCUUUGGGUAACCCCAUCGACGGCAAAGGCCCAUUGGGCACCAAGCAACGUUUCCGUGUCGGUAUCAAGGCCCCCGGAAUCAUCCCGCGUAUCUCCGUGAGAGAGCCCAUGCAGACCGGUAUUAAGGCCGUAGAUUCCCUCGUGCCCAUCGGUCGUGGGCAGCGUGAGUUGAUCAUUGGAGAUCGUCAAACUGGCAAAACCGCUUUGGCCAUCGACACCAUCAUCAACCAGAAGCGUUUCAACGACGCCGACGACGAGAAAAAGAAGCUGUACUGCAUCUACGUCGCCAUCGGUCAAAAGAGAUCCACCGUGGCUCAAAUUUUAAAACGUUUAACCGACACCGGAGCCAUCAAGUACACCAUCAUCGUGUCUGCCACCGCUUCUGAUGCCGCUCCUUUGCAGUACUUGGCCCCGUACUCUGGGUGUGCCAUGGGCGAAUAUUUCCGUGACAACGGCAAGCACGCUUUGAUCAUCUACGACGAUUUGUCCAAGCAGGCCGUGGCCUAUCGUCAAAUGUCUUUGCUGCUGCGUCGUCCCCCGGGUCGCGAAGCCUACCCCGGUGACGUGUUCUACCUUCACUCGCGUCUUCUCGAGCGUGCCGCCAAGAUGUCCGAGGCUCACGGGGGCGGUUCUCUGACCGCCUUGCCCGUCAUCGAGACGCAAGCCGGAGAUGUCUCAGCUUACAUUCCCACCAACGUCAUUUCCAUCACGGACGGGCAGAUCUUCUUGGAGACCGAGCUGUUCUACAAGGGUAUCCGUCCGGCCAUCAACGUCGGUCUGUCCGUGUCCAGGGUCGGAUCCGCCGCUCAGACCAAGGCCAUGAAACAGGUCGCCGGUUCCAUGAAACUGGAACUGGCCCAGUACCGUGAGGUGGCCGCCUUCGCCCAGUUCGGUUCCGAUCUCGACGCCGCCACCCAGCAACUGCUGAACCGCGGCGUUCGUCUUACCGAACUGCUAAAGCAAGGCCAAUACGUGCCGAUGGCCAUCGAAGAGCAAGUGGCCAUCAUCUACUGCGGUGUCAGGGGACAUUUGGACAAAAUCGACCCCUCCAAGAUCACCGUUUUCGAGAAGCAGUUCUCCGAACACAUCAAGAGCAGCCACCAAAACAUCCUCACCAGCAUCGCUAAAGAGGGCAAAAUUAACGAGUCCACCGACGCAGAGCUGAAGAAGGUCGUUCAAGACUUCAUUGCCAACUUCUCUGGUUAAAUGUAAUCAUAUUCCUUCGAUUUUAAGUAUUUUUGGUCGACAACUAUUUUGUUAAGAAUAAAACAUUCUAGCUAAGUUUUUAAUUAGCAUGUUUUGCCAUGCCGUACAUAAUGUUUGAGCUUGUCGACUAAAAAUAUGUAUUAAGCAACUUUAGCAUAGGUCUGUAUGGUCUGAAGGACUAACCCAUAAAUUAUAAAGCGAACUUUCGAUUUUUUUUCACUCUACAUGUUAUAUUAUAUCGAACAUCUUGUACAGCAUUUGUUUUUAUUAUUUUAUUUGUAACAAAGUGGAUAAUAUAUGUUACAGACAGAUUUA